AUGUUGACUUGUCGUUUAAUGGAAGGUACAGUUCAUACAAGUUCGAUCAUUUCAUCGGCUCCAAUAUCUCGUGUUGGAACAUUUGUAUCUCCUGCGCAAUCUUGUCGCGGUGAUUUCUUCAGAGCGAGCCUCAAUGACCCAUUCAGUGUUAACAAUGAAAUAUCACAGAAUAGAAGUAUACAAUUUAUUGCAUCACAUCAAUCUGAUUACAAUACGUCGGCGUAUCUCACCAAUCCAACCAUAGAUUACGUUCAAGAUAAACUUGAUGAUAUUUUGUUCGCAUCGGAAGUAGUUCAAAGUAAUACAAGUGAAAUACGGAGUGAUGCUCCACCUAACACGAUACAUUCAUUGAUAUAUUUAUCGAUGCAUUUGAAUCAGGCGAUUUUCGUCGCCUACGCCAAGAACUCAAGCGAAAUUCUAGCUGAAGUAACAUUUGCAGCGACGUAUCAAUCCGAUAAUUCAUUUGUUGAUUUCAGUUUUCAAACAUUUGACUUUUAUUUUCUAAAUUUUCCAUCUGGAUGUACUCAUUUCUCACUAACGACACGUCAAUCGAGUAGGCAAUGGUUGGUGAACACCAAUGUUGGUUUUCGUUACACACAAGUCUAUCUAACAACAGCUGAAUGUCCUCCAACAAAAGGAUCGAUUCAAAACCUACUCGAUGAACUGAAUGUUCCCGGAGCUGCUAUUAUUGUUCUCAAUCGAGAUGGCAUUCUUUACGAACAAGCAUUCGGAUACCAUACUCCUCCAAUAUCGGAUUCACGCCGACCUAUCGACACUUCGCAAUCAAUUUUCAUGAUAGCAUCCAUUUCCAAAACAUUCGUUUCUGUAGCAGCAAUGCAAAUGGUUGAAUCCAAUCUGCUGAAUCUGGACACGGAUAUCAACGAAUAUUUAUCUCCGUUAAUGAAAAUUAUUCAUCCAUAUCACCCGAAUGUAACGAUCACGACUCGACAUCUGCUCACGCACACCGCUGGUAUUGGACCAAAUUGGGAAGAAGAGUCCAAACAUUAUCUUUCUGGUGAUAAAUUUACACAAACUAAUCUGGGUGACGUUCUCAAUGAUUAUUUAAGCCGCAAAAAAGGUUGGCUAUCAAUUCCACCUGGAAAUAUCACAUUAUACUCAAAUGUGGGUACUAGUCUAGCAGCAUUUAUCGUCGAGCGUCUUUCGGGCAUGUCAUAUGAACAGUAUGUACUUGAAAAAAUCUUGAAGCCCCUAGGUUUGGAUGACAAGAAAGCUGGUUUCCGUUUGAAAAACUUCGAAGAUAACAAGGCAGCUCUCGUUGAUCAUUAUGUGCACAAUGCUUCAUUUCUUGAAACUUACCAACAAAUGGGUCCACAAAUGAACAUUACUCAGGCAGGAAGCUCUGAUUGGUUGUAUAUACCAUUCUUUGGAUUGAGUAUAUAUCCAUCUGGAGCGUUACGUAUGUCAGCUCAUUCAUUGAGUAUAUUCUUUCGAUCUUUUCUGAAUAAUUUUCCAAAUCUUCUGCGCAAUCCAAGUACAAUGAAUGAAAUGCUAUAUAUUUUUCCUCAGCAAGACUAUAUGAACAUUUCGACAACUAAAUUCAGUCUGAUUUGGAAUUGGCCACUUGUUCAUGGACGACGUCUAGUUGGACACGAUGGGUCUGUGCCUGGUAUCACUACGACGAUGAUGGCAAACGAAAAGAGAGAUUUAGGCGUGGUAAUAUUAACCAAUGGCGAUAUUACAAGAUCAGACAGUGAAGCAAUGCAAAAAGAUACAACCAAACUGUUCCAAAUGCCGAUCGAAACGAUCCCAUCACUUAACACUGUACCAAUUGAAAUUGUCUAUCGUAUUCUUGAUCAAUUGGAUCUCAGAGACAUUAUCUUCUCUAUGCACGAAGUCCGCACACGUCUUAAUGCGAUUAUUUACAGUUAUUACCAAUAUAUAGGAGAUAAAACAUUGAAUCUCUACAGUCAACUUCCCGAUGGCCGAGGAACGGAAUUUCUUUCCAAUCUUCUUCUAAGAAACAACACACUUGUUAACCUGGAACUUGGCUGCAAUCAAAUAACUGCACUGGAUGCAAAGCAUCUUUACAAUGGUAUUCAAAACAAUGAGACACUCACUUCACUAUUUCUUCGAGGUAAUUCUGUUGGCUGUCAAGGCCUUGAAUAUUUCGCUCAAGUUCUCGAAAACAAUCAAACACUAUCAACUCUCUGCCUUUCACAUAAUCAUAUUGGUUCUAGAGCAGUAGCAUGUUUCGCUAAGACUCUACUAACAAAUCGGGCACCCACAUCAUUAAAUCUAUCUCACAAUAAGAUCGAUAGAGAAGGGGCAAAACAUUUUAUCGAAGUUUUGAAAAACAACAAAACACUGAAUGUAUUGAAUCUUACCAGCAAUGAAAUUAACUUUCUAGGAGUCAAAGAGCUUGUCUCUGUUGCAAUUGGAAAUGAGAAACUUUCGCUGCUAAACCUUUGGCGUAACGGCUACACUCCAGAUCGAGAAAUUGACCUACCAUUAAACGUAAAGCAGAAUCCAGCAAUACUUGUGUAG